AUGUUGACAAAUCUCAUCACCUUCCUUUGCGGCAGCUUGCUGCUCAGCUUCGCUGGCCUUGCCUGUGCAGAUGCAGACCCCGCGACCAAUUACACCAUCGUCGAACUCCAAUGGGACAUGCCCAUCACCCCCGGAGAUGCCAGCAACGGCACUGUCACCGUCACUGGCACUGUCCAGCAAGCCAUUGCCCAGAUGGAUGCCCUGUAUCCUGGCUGGAACGAGAGAUUUCAGAGCCAGAUUUCACCGCGGGCUGACGGCUCCGUGGUCGGCGCCGCGUUAGAUGAGCUCGAGAGCUACAAUUGCAACUUUGGAACAUCUUGCAUCAUCUCCUACAUUCUUACGGGCAUCGACUACCUCCGGGGGUUGGAGGGCGGUACCAAGCCCAAGAACGGGCCCGGGCCGGGCAACUGCGGUCGUGUCAGCUGCAGCCACAAUGCUGCUAUCUGGUGGUGCAAUGAUAAUAACGCUGCCAAGGAGAUUACUUGGGGGAAGAUUGCCGACGGAGCCCAGGUGAUAGUUGAUAACUGCAGGUCGGGCAGUUCGUUGAAGGACGUCAAGGGUCAGGCUUUCUACAAGAGCAAAUGGAACGUCAUCGUCCGCCGUGAUCCUUGCUAG